AUGGAACCCUCACAGAAAGAAGCAAGCCUGCGUGCGGUAGCCGCUUCAGAACAUCCAGAUUCGUCAUCAACUUAUCAUGCUUCAACCUCGUUAUCGAGAUGGAGCUACUUGAAGCUUUACUUCUCAAGUCGCGAUGGCUGGAUAGGAGAUUAUGACUAUAUGUACCUCAUAACACCGAACAUCUGGCCACUGAAUAAAAAAUACAAAGAUUUUGAAACCCCUUUCUAUGGUCUCAAUGAUCAGGUACCGAUACUCCUCACUAUCAUUCUCGGUCUACAACAUGCUUUAACAUUGGUCGGUUCUGUGGUUUCGCCGCCGUUGGCUGUUGCUGACGGCGCGUUCUAUUUGAACCCUGCACAAACACAAUAUCUUGUUUCAGCGGCGUUUAUUACGACAGGAAUCGCCACUGCAUUGCAGGUGACUCGGCUACACAUCACAAAAACGUCGUUUUAUAUUGGUACUGGGCUAUUGUCAGUCGUAGGCCCAACGUUCGACAUUCUCAACAUAGCUUUCAAUUACACGAACAUGAGAUACGCCAAUGGAACCUGUCCAGUGGACUCGACGGGUGCAAAGUUACCUUGUCCAGAAGCAUGGGGCGCCAUGCUUGGAACCAUGUUGUGUACUGUAUGGAUCCAGAUUCUUAUGUCGCUAGUUCCGCCUAAACUUCUCAAUCGAAUUUUCCCCAAAAUCGUUACUGGCAGCCUUCUGGUUCUUGUGGGUGUGUAUUUAAUUGGUAAUGGAAUGGAGAACUGGGGAGGAAGUUCGAACUGUAACGGUGGUACGGGGUAUUAUGCUCUAUGCCCAAAUACUACUGCUCCCAAACCUCUACCUUGGGGUGAUCCGAAAUUAAUCGGACUCGGAUUCAGCGUUUUCAUAACCAUCAUUCUUGUGGAAAUUUUUGGCUCCCCCCUUAUGAGAUCCGCCUCGGUGAUCUUUGGUUUGGCGGUUGGCUGUAUUAUUUCUGGUGCUGCGGGAUACUGGUCAAGAGACGAGAUAGAUGCCGCUCCGAUUGCUACUUUCUUGUGGGUUCACACAUUCAAACUCUCGGUGGAUAGCGCGCUCGUCCUGCCAUUAAUGAUCAUGUUUGUCUGUGAAGCCGUCAGCUGCAUGCCAGACAUACUUGCUACUGCUGAACUUUCCGGUGUCGAUAUUGAUGGCACUGAGUUCAAUAGUCGUAUUCAAGGUGGAAUUAUGUGCGAUGGUUUGGGGAGUUUGAUCGCCGCCUUAGGUACUGGGUUGCCUAUGGUUAGCCAGGCCGGCAACAAUGGAGUAAUAUCAUUGACAGGAUGCGCAAGCCGACGUGCUGGUUGGUGUGCUUCAGCCUUCCUAAUUUUAAUGGGUAUAUUCGGCAAAUUCGGUGCUGUAUUCGGCUCCAUGCCGCCAUCGGUUCUUGGUGGAAUGCAGGUUUUUCUCUACAGCACAAUUGCCAUAGCUGGUAUACGUGUUCUCAGUCUUAUUGAAUUUACGAGACGAAAUAGAUUCAUUUUGACUGCUGCUCUAGGGAUCGGCUUUAUUGAUAUAGUUUCCCCGAAGUGGUUCUCACAGAUUCUUGACUAUACUGGGCCAAAUGUCAAUUUGCAGGGCUUCGAACAAGGGCUGAACUUGGUUGUUGAGACACCAUUCAUUAUUGCGGCACUGAUCGGGGUUGUGCUUAAUUUAGCAUUGCCAGAAGAAAAGAUGACGGCGAAGAAUGAUCAAAUACUUCCAUGGCAACGGCAACGGACUGAAGGUUCCCACUUGGACAUUUAAACUACAUGGUGAAUAAUAGAUAUUAAUACCAAAAUACUGAAUAAAGAUUCGACUUAGAAGCGGGUUCAAGUUAUAUAGUUCGCUGCUA